AUCUGUUGGUCUUUUUCCAAGCCUUUUAUCAGGCAGUGUUCCUUUGUAUAGAAGUUUUCUCUGGACCUUGGAAUAAAAUAUAGAUCUUCUCAAAAAGCCACCACUCCAGCCUGUGAGUUUUUGAGAACAUUGUAAUGUCUCUUUGUGCCCCUUCUUGCAAGGAGUUCUCUCAGCUGUUACCUGUUCAAGACAUGGAUAUCAAAAACUCACCGCCCAGCCUUAACUCUCCUGCCUCCUACAACUGCAGUCCGUCCGUUCUCCCCCUGGAGCAUGGCCCUAUAUAUAUCCCUUCCUCCUAUGUGGACAGUCGCCAUGAAUACUCAGCCAUGACGUUCUAUAGCCCUGCUGUAAUGAAUUACAGCAUCCCCAGCAGUGUCAGUAACUCGGAAGGUGGGCCUGGUCGACAGGCCACAAGCCCGAAUGUGCUAUGGCCAGCUCCGGGGCACCUUUCUCCUUUGGCAAUCCACUGCCAGUCGUCGCUUCUGUACGCAGAGCCUCAGAAGAGUCCUUGGUGUGAAGCAAGAUCACUAGAGCACACCUUACCUGUAAACAGGGAGGUGCUGAAGAGGAAGAUGAGCACAGGCAGUUGCGCCAGCCCCGUUACCAGCCCCACGUCGAAGCGGGACGCUCACUUCUGCGCAGUCUGCAGCGAUUACGCGUCUGGCUAUCACUAUGGAGUCUGGUCGUGUGAAGGGUGUAAGGCCUUUUUUAAAAGAAGCAUUCAAGGACAUAACGAUUACAUUUGCCCUGCGACAAACCAGUGUACCAUAGAUAAGAACCGGCGGAAAAGCUGCCAGGCCUGCCGGCUUCGCAAGUGCUAUGAAGUGGGAAUGGUGAAGUGCGGCUCCCGGAGAGAAAGGUGUGGGUACCGAGUGGUGCGAAGACAGAGAAGUCCGGGGGAGCCGCCGCACUGCCUGAGCAAGGCCAAGAAGCAGGGGGGCCACGCGCCCCGGGCGAAGGAGCUGCUGCUGAGCGCUCUGAGCCCGGAGCAGCUGGUGCUCACCCUGCUGGAGGCCGAGCCGCCCAACGUGCUGGUGAGCCGGCCCAGCGCGCCCUUCACCGAGGCCUCCAUGAUGAUGUCCCUCACCAAGCUGGCCGACAAGGAGCUGGUGCACAUGAUCGGCUGGGCCAAGAAAAUUCCCGGCUUCGUGGAGCUCAGCCUGUUGGACCAAGUGCGGCUCUUGGAGAGCUGCUGGAUGGAGGUGCUGAUGGUGGGGCUGAUGUGGCGCUCAAUCGACCACCCCGGCAAGCUCAUCUUCGCUCCAGACCUUGUUCUGGACAGGUCCUCAGAAGACCCCCAUUCGCACGGCAUGCAGAUGAAGAGUGAUGCCUCAAGGGAUGAGGGGAAAUGUGUAGAAGGAAUUCUGGAAAUCUUUGACAUGCUCCUGGCAACAACCUCAAGGUUUCGUGAGCUAAAACUGCAGCACAAAGAAUAUCUGUGCGUCAAGGCCAUGAUCCUGCUCAACUCCAGUAUGCACCCGCUGGCCGCAGCGGCCCAGGAGGUGGAGAGCGGCCGGAAGCUGACGCGCCUGCUGAACGCGGUGACGGACGCGCUGGUCUGGGUGAUCGCCAGGAGCGGCGCCUCCUCCCAGCAGCAGUCCACGCGCCUGGCCAAUCUCCUCAUGCUGCUGUCUCACGUCAGGCACAUCAGCAACAAGGGCAUGGAACAUCUGCUCAGCAUGAAGUGCAAAAAUGUGGUCCCGGUGUACGACCUGCUGCUGGAGAUGCUGAACGCCCACACGCUCCGCGGGUACAAGUCCUCGGUGCCGGGGCCCGAGUGCAGCUCGGCCGAGGACAGGAAGAACGAGGACGGCGCCCAGAGCCACAGUCUCGUGUUUGCCUUGAAGCGCUUCUGUCUGGUGUGUCCACUCUCCCAGAGUCCGCGUUGCUUUGGGCAAGCGUUCUCCCAGCCGAGCGCGGAUCUCACUGUUUCCAAGCAGUUUCUUAAAGGAAUUAAACAGGGCAAGGAAGACCUGGUGGUGGGCCAUGAGCAGGACUUAGAUUUUUGAAUAAACACCAAACUACAUGUGUCGUACUAUGAGAUAGCGAUCGUCAGCUUUGACUUAGCCUGGUGUGGCCGUCUUAACAGGAGCAGCUUGCUUGUAGGAGAUAAAUGUGAUUUGGCCUAAACUCCAAAAGCAUGAGUUGUGAAUACAAGGUCACACAGACAGAUUUUCAUAAGGUGAUUCUCAUGGAGUGUCUCUGACAGCAUUCCCUCCGCUUCCUGGAGCAACUGGCUGUCCCUAAAGAGGACGGCGGGGCAGUUGGGGAGGGCGCCUGCUGGGUGUGCAGAUUUCGUUCUGAUGAGCUUUCCUGUGUUCUCUUUGCCUCUGCUGUCCCCAGGCUUGUCACAUACCAGGGCUUACUACCAAGGAGGAAACCCAAAAAUAACCCUGUGAAGAGGUUUUUCUUUAAAAAUUGAGGUGGGAACACAAGACAGAGCUGUCCACCAAAUAACAAAUAUGGGGAGCUUUAACCAUUCUCACAAUGGAACCGUGCAGACUCAAGCAGGGCUCUGCAGACUGACAGCCUUUUACCUGGAUUACUUCACCUGCUAACGCAGCAGGAAGGCCAGUCAUUUUAGAAAAGAAUCAGUGCCCAAUUCCCGGCAGAGCCACAUUAUACACUACAUGCAUGUAAUAUGUUUAUAUAUAUGCAUAGACACAUGCUAAGUGGAAGCAAUGCUAGACUUUUCUAGCAUGUGAAAAUAAGGUUGGUGUCUCUUUACAUCUGCAAAGGGGACUGCAUUGCUGACACCUUUUCAAAUUUAAGGUUUUGAGUUCUCUUUGAAAAAAGUAUUUUUCUUUAAUAAGAUUUUUGAUUUUUUGUGUUUUGGUGGUAGUUGGGGAUUACCCCAAGGUUUUCAUUCUGAGCCCUUUUUAGUUGCGUAACCUGGAACUUGUAAUCCUCCUGCCUCAGCCUCCCAGGGUGCUGGUAUUACAGGUGUGCACCACCAUCAUUACAGUCCUUUAAGCUACUAGAACUUUUAAAGACCACAAUAAAGGUUAUGUGAGGGAAGAGAAGUAACAUGUAGCAUUAAAAGUGGAGUAUCCGUGAGCCCUGUGUGCCAGAGUUCUCACCGCUGCUAACUUUCUCACUCAUGGUCACAAGGAACAAGCAACAGAGCUAAACACAGGAAGUCCGAGUUCAGGGCUGAAAGUGAUCAGACGAUUGACGGUUCAGGUAGUUAAAGGUUCAGGAGCUGGGGACGCGGCUCAGUGGUAGAGCUCUUACCUAGCGAGUGCACCACAAGACCCCGGGUUCCAUCCCUAGCACCACGAAAAUAACAUUUUAAUGAUAAGAAUUGUUUUUGUGGUCUGCCAUUGGUCCGUAUUCAGCCCAAGAAUGGUAUUUUAAAAUUGCAGCGGGGCCUAUCUAUGAUACCGAAACUCCUAACUUCCGGAACACGCCUGUAGACACGGUAGGAGUGUGUGAGCCCCAUGUAGAAGUCCCGGUCCAUCUAUUAUACAUCAUACACCUAUUAUAUUUAAUGUAAGUUAAAGCCCAGAGGGCAGACUGGCCUGCUGCAGGUCAUAGAACUACUGGUGGCCAAGGGCAGAGCGCGGUUCAGUUCUUCGUGCGUGGACAGCACGACCCUGCUGCAGGCGUCUGCUGCUCGGCCCGCGGGAUGGAGCAGGGGCUCGGUUACGGCUGCCUCCUGCUCUACCUUUACGCCCUACCUUCUCGGCUUAGAUGGGGUGCAUGACUCUUCACCAACAGCAGCAGUGACAGGCAGAUACAGUCAGGUGAAUUACAUUCCCGUCCUCCCAGCCUGUACUCAGACGCUGGGGGUCCUGCCGCGACCCGCUGCUUCUCUGCUACUGCUUUUCCCGAACCCGCAGGAGCCAAGCACUUUCCUAGGAAACCUCCCCGGGUGAAACUGCUCACAUCCCUUACACGUGUGGCUUCCCUGUGGAGUCCGGUCCACCAGAGCAUGAAAACACACGCAUUUAGUCUUCGCGGCUCCCACACUCACUGAAAUGGCUCCAGUGCAGAUCCACGAUGUGCACUGACUCUGUGCUACCUGAUUAUUUCCAUUUUGGUUGCUUUGACGUCAAGAAUUUUUUUUUUUAAAUCCCAAGGAUCCUAUUCACCUUGAAGGCCAGCCAGUCUUGUCUGAUCGUGGGUUUCCGCUAUGUGAAGGGCAGGCGUUCGAGCUACCCUGGAGCAGUUCCUGGUAACUGCCGUCGAUGUAUUUCCCUGCCGGCGUCUAAAUGCCGUGAAUGUAGGUCCUGUGACUGUCGCUCAGUGGUCUUGGGUACCUCAGAGCCUGCUGUUGGCUAUGCUUUGUCAUUUUUUACCACUGGAAUAAUCUGACCACCGUUCACAGGCUUUUAAAUGUGGGCCUUUUAAGAAAUGUAGGAGCGAUUCUGAGGCUGCCUUUCCCUUCCCCUUGGUAGUACUUUUCCUUACUGUGACUCCUGAAUGUCUGUGGAACUGACUGCUGCAGAAGUUUAAUGUGAUAUAAUAAACUCUUUUUCAUAC